UGAAAACUCCACACCUCUUUUCUACGUCUUCGUCUGCGCUCAACCAGCUUUCCUCCUCUUCCACUUCUACCACACCUUUGCACCACCACUCGUCCAGGGCCAUUCCGUUCUCGCGUUGGUGCAGGACACUCUCGUAGCUUGUCGGCCAUUCGGCGCAGACGCUGCAAGAAUGGUUAGUUAGCCUCUUCGACCGUCGCGUUGCGCCUCGUCAUUUGCUCAUGCUGACCCCGCGCUUAGACGUCGUCGCAGGCAUCUACCACGACCCCUCUCCGCCAUGCCUUCGAGCGGCGCGUAGAGGAGGUCAAACCUUUGAAAAAGUACGUUCCCGCUCGUUUGUCGACUCCCUUGACAUGGUCAACCACGCUUGCGCGCUCUACAUGAUGAGUUUCAUCAACUGGGAAUCUCUCCUACAAAAUUAAAGCAUGCGGAGAACACAUAUUAGUUGUUAACUGAUUGAGCGCAUAUGCUGGAAGGCUCGGGGGUCGCGUCGCUAUCAUCUUUGCCCAGAUUGGAAGCUAACAUUCUACCUGUCGAUAGUGACAUAAAUGCGCUUAUCCUUGACUACCUUACAACAGAAGGCUAUCCCUCUGCAGCAGCCAAGUUCUCGACCGAGGCAAACCUUCAACCACAACAGGAAGCAGAAUCAGUAACGGCACGGCAAGCAAUUCAACACUCGAUCCACCUAGGAAGCAUCCAGGAGGCGAUCGAGGGGUUGAAUGAGUUGGAACCUCAGGUGAGCCAUACAAACUUAUUUCUUUACUACUCCGUUGCGAUGAUUAAUAUGUUUCAUGCACCACUCAUAUAGCCUUCGGGUCGGUGAUGAGAAAACCACGAACUUCAGUCCUCAGUAUGAGCAAUACUUCCCUCCAGAACUCUGUACAAUCACAAACUUGUAUGGUUACGUUUGCUAACUAUGAGUCAAGGUUCUUGAUAACAACCCAUCUCUCCACUUUGCUCUUCUUCGAUUACAACUCGUUGAACUCAUUAGGGAAUGCAAUUCGAAACCAGGAGGUGAUAUCACUCCUGCAUUGACCUUUGCUACACAGCAAUUAGCUCCUCGGGCCCCAACAAACCCAGAGUUUUUAGAAGACUUGGAGAGAACUAUGGCGCUUCUUGUUUUCCCGCCGGAUAAUCUUGAACCGCAACUGGCUGCUCUUCUCCACCCGGAUCUUCGUAGGUUUGUUGCAGAUAGUGUGAACAAGGCCAUCCUCAGCAUUCAGAAUCAACGACGUGAUGCUGCAAUCAGGAAUCUGGUUCGUCUUCGUGCAUGGGCUGAGAAAACAGCGAGGGACCAGAAGAAAGACCUGCCAGCUCGGAUCGAGCUCGGUCUUGAUGAGAAUGAAGACCGAUAUGAGAAUGGCCAUGAGCCCAUGAUUACUUGAAUAGGGCAAUUUAGAACGGCGUUUCGGUGCAACAUUUAAUACCAGCGUGCUAUAGCUGAUAAUUGGGAUUGGGGAAUGGACUUCGGCGUUAUAUCUGGCCCAGGAGGGUGACAUUGAUUGGCGUCCAGGAUAAACUGCUGUAUUUGUAGAACAGUCUAGUGUAUUCCCAUUUUGCUUACGAAUCAUACUAUAUUCUGUGCAACAUUGCUUGAU